GGCCGCGGCAGGCGCGGCGAGAGCGCCGACGAAGCCAUGAGAGAGUACAAAGUGGUGGUGCUGGGCUCCGGCGGCGUGGGCAAGUCCGCGCUCACCGUGCAGUUCGUGACCGGCUCCUUCAUCGAGAAGUACGACCCCACCAUCGAGGACUUCUACCGAAAGGAGAUUGAGGUGGACUCCUCGCCGUCGGUGUUGGAGAUCCUGGACACGGCGGGCACGGAGCAGUUCGCGUCCAUGCGGGACCUGUACAUCAAGAACGGCCAGGGCUUCAUCCUCGUCUACAGCCUCGUCAACCAGCAGAGCUUCCAGGACAUCAAGCCAAUGCGGGACCAGAUCAUCCGCGUGAAGCGGUACGAACGCGUGCCCAUGAUCCUGGUGGGUAACAAGGUGGACCUGGAGGGCGAGCGCGAGGUCUCGUACGGCGAGGGCAAGGCCCUGGCCGAGGAGUGGAGCUGCCCCUUUAUGGAGACGUCGGCCAAAAACAAAGCCUCGGUGGACGAGCUGUUCGCCGAGAUCGUGCGGCAGAUGAACUACGCGGCGCAGCCCAACGGCGACGAGGGCUGCUGCUCGGCCUGCGUGAUCCUCUGAGGCGCCCCCGGCCGCCGCGCGCCGGCUGCGCUUUGCGCACAAAAGCCAAACGCACCCGACUCUCUAAAUGUGAUUUCUCUUCUUGCUUUGAGAUUGGAGACGACUUUGCAUUGGCCGGGAUGUCCUAGGAGCCCGGCUGGCCUGUGCGACCGACGUCCCCUGCCUCCUCCCGGCGUCCGAAGGGGUGUCCGGUCCUGACCAUCUGAGACCCAUUGGAAAUGUGGCUCUUUGCAGCAUGUACGUUUUUCAUUGAUUUUGGUUGACGCAUAUUUCCCCCUUUAAAUAACCGUUAAGGGCGCUGUAUUGGCAGCUUGACACCAGCAAGCGAAAGUUUCAACCUGGAAAAAAUGGGGUGGGGGAGGAAGAGGACAGGGAGAAGGUGGAAGUAAGGGUGUGUUUUUUUGUUGUUGUUAUUUUUUGUUUUUGUUAACAACCGUUUUCCAGUUCCAAGUUUUAAAUACGUGGAAGGAAGUCCGGGAGAACCAAAUGAAGGAGCUGGAGGAGAGGAAGAAACUUUUGUUUUUUUCCUUGUUUUCCAGGAGUAGCUGGAAAUUAAUGUCGGGUUCCUUUUCUGCCAGCUUGGAAGGGCAACCCCGUGACUGAUUACGAUUCUGAGGAUGUCUAUGCAAAGUUGGAUUCUUGUUACAGUGUAUCCAAUCUGAAGUAUUGCACAUCUGAACUGGGACUGUUAACACUGAUGCCAAUACAGUGUGGGGUGCCAGAAAGUGUCUGCUGAUAUUUGUGGGAAAAAAAAUCUAUUUUGUUUACCUACUGUAUCUAAGGGGAGUCUGGGAAGAACGGUAGUAUUUUUUUUUAUCAGCUGUGAAAAAAAAUGUUACAAUCUGCACAUUUUUGUGUGUACUGUUGUGUGUGUGUAUGUGUGUGUGUGUGUUUAAGUUUAGUUUUUUUGUUCUUACUGGUUGGCAGUAACAGAUUUUGAUGACUAGCUCUUUAAAUUACAGUACAAAGACUUCACAAAUGUGAUUCAGGGCCCCCAGCACCCCUGUGUCUGCAGAGUGCCUUCAAAACUCAGCUGUUCCAGCCGGUGCCAACCUGUGAACCUCCCACCCUCUCCCAGAAUCUGUUAUUCCCCAGACCACUUCCCAGUUUCCUUUCAGUAGUCUUUUCGAAGGAGCCAGGACAAUAGGGCCUGUUGUUCGGUGAAUUUCUUCUUUAUUAUUUCCAGCCUUUAAAAUGUAAUUUCCAUGUCUUGCAAUUUUUUUUUUAUUUUUUUUUUUUUUUUUUUUUUUUUUGCUUCAUUUUGUUAAAAUGUUCAGGUAUUUAGCUCCCCUUUUAUAUUAUUUUUAAUUUUUUUUUUUUUUGGUUAUCAGUUAAUAGGGUGUUCCUCUGAAAGCAAAGAGCAAAAUUUUACUGUUGUGAUGUACCAAGAGAAUUCUAACCAAUUGUAAUUUUUAAUUCCAGACACGAGUUUAAUCAUUGUCUCUUCAUUUUAAGACUUUUAAUACAAAUGUCAUUUUUAAAGAAACAAACCAAAAACUAUUGUUUGUGUUUCUGUGUUUUAUAUUCAGUGAUUUAAUACAGUAUCAUGGCUGGGGUGGACAGGGGCAGGUGAUGCAUGAAGUCCCCAAGAGUUGCUGGUCAAAUUUUGAAGACAGAUGUAUCUCAGUGGUAAGUUGGGUGUCGUCAUCCCAACUUAUUAAAAUAUGGGAAAACUCAUGAAGGUCUAGGAAACCCUGGGGUAUGGUCUUACAAUCUGACUGCAAGAUAAGCAGGAUAUUGAAUCUCUUCUGCUGGAAUGGAGCAGUUAACCUCACAGUAGGCAAGGAAGGGAAAAACUAACUGCUAACACUGCCUUAUAUCUGGGAAAGUAACCAUCUACUAUCUACCAGGCACACAGCACUUUUAAUUUGUUUUGUUUAAAUUAGGUCACAUUAUCAAGUCAAAAACAUGUUUGGAGAAGAUGACUUCCAUUCUGAAGUCAUACUUAGUGUUUUCUGCAGUAAUUUGUAUGGGUUGUACACAGCAUCUCAACUCAUGAGGCUUUGAUUUGGAAAUAGAUCAAUAGAUUUAAAAAGAAAAAACUAAGACCAAAAAAAAAACCCUGCACUCAUUACAGAUUGUGGACCAUUUUGACCUCAUGAAAUUUUCCUUCUAACAGUAGGAGGCAGUGUGAGCUUUUUAUUUUCUGUUUUAUUAUUCUCAAGGGCCACUUUACUAAUGUUACCUCUGUAAAAUGAAAGGUUUAUGGCUCUAUAUCAACAGCAGUUGAUAUACCAUACCUUAAGUCUGAGUGUAGAUGAAGCCUUCCCACAGGUCUUUUGACAAAGGGAUUUAUUCUGUUGAGGAAGCCAAAAGAAAUGACAGACCACAAGUUUCUUUAAAGCAGUAUUAACAUGUCUUGCCUUAAAAUGUGUCCUUUGCCCAGGAGACACCUCAGUCAGUAUUCCAGGGUGGAGGAGGAAUAAAGAACUUUGCCUGUGGUGGUCCUGUGGCCUUUUUUUUCCACUCCUGAUCUCACUUAAGUUUAGUAUCAAACUCAGUUAGAAAGUACUAUAUAUAUUCUAAAUAAGGGAAGCUGCUCAAAUAUAUGCCUUGGCAAAGAUUCCCUUUUGCAUUUGAGGACAUUUAGGUGUUUCAGUAGAUCUAAAGUGUUGAAAAUUCUGAAGACGUAUCAAGUAUUAUGAAGGAUAUUUUUUAAAAGGCAUCUGUUGACUUUUUUUGUUUUUUGUUUUUUUUUUUGGAAGCCUUUGACCUAAAAUGGUGCCAAAUACCUUAAGAAAUGUAUAUGCUCCUGAUGGAAUACUUGAAAGUGGAAAAUUGGAAAUGAAAUAAAUUGCUGGUGCAUUAAUCAUUUCUGCCCAGGAUUUAGUCACUUGUAUGACUAAAUUCUUAAUAGGUCUAGGGUGGCAGGGCAGGAGAAUUUAAUAUGCUUUUCCUGAGUACUGUAAAAUAAAUGCAUUUUGGAUUCUCAAUGAAAACAGUUUUGUGUGUGUUCCUGGAGCAGGAAAAGAGUACUUCGUUCCUAGUUUGAUAGUCUUCUCCAUUAUGUUCUUGACAAAACAGAGAGAAAUGAGGGCAUGGUUUUUAAGAACAUGGCAGUUUACUUGGCUAUUAAGAAACCUGCUGUAGUAUUAUGGUGUGAAGACAUGGAACAUUUGUUUCCUUGAAAAAGUUAGGCUGACUUGAGUUAAAAGGAGGGUGGGAGGGUGAGGUGGCGAGGAGUUUGCUGUAAGGCAAUCACCUGUCAAAACAUACUGGGUGGGAAAGGAACCUUUAUCUUGGGGAGCAAAAGUUAACUUCAACUUGACCCCUGCUGUUUUUUAACAGAUUUUCCUUUUGGUCCCUGACAGUCAUCCAGACUUAUGAUAUAUUAAAGGACUAUUUUUGUACUCUUUUUGUAACAGCCUUAUUGAAAGCAUCAAGCUAAGUCUAACAUUUUUGUGUUUGGGAGUUGAUGGUUCUUAGGUAAAACAAUUUCCAUGCUGUUAACUGUUGAAAUAGAUUUCACUGAAUCACUUUUUAGGAAAAGAUCUAGCUGAGGUUAGAAUUCUUUCAAUGUAUGAGGCUUUAUGUUUCCUGAUGAGUUAACCUUUCCUGUAGCUGGAAAUCCUAAAAUGCCUGGUCUGUGUGAACUGUUAAGGUAGUUUUAUAAAUGUUUUCACCAGCAUGUGAUUGUACCUCUUUUAAAUAUCCAGUAUUUCUUAUAGGUGUGAUGGGAAAGUGAGAGAACACCAUAUGUAGCAUCUGGUCUUGAGAAAUAUACACAAAAUGCCUGUACAUUACCUGUCAAAACAAUAUACUUACUUUUUACAACAGCUAAAAUAUGAAGGAAACAAAGAUUUAAUUUGGAAAUCACCACUCAGUUAAAAUGAUACCAAACAUUUGUUACAGUGUCUACUUAAUUGGGAAAAGCUUGCUAAGAGAACUUUUGUCCUUGUGAAAAUGUGUCAAAAUUUUAAAUACAACUAAUAGAAUGUAGUAUUCUUCAUUUUAUUUUACUCAGACUACUAGGAAUACUUGAAUGCUAGUUCUAGAAGAUAUAUUUGAUCUAAUAACAGUAAGAUAGUGAUAGUUUGAAGCGGCUUUAGGGAUCAUCUACUUCAGAGGUUCUCAAACAACCACAUAUCAAAAUUACCUGGAGGGUAAAACAGGUAUUAGUUUCUUAUUCAGUAUGUGUGGCUAUGAUCUCGUACUUUUCAUUUCCAACAGGUUUCCAAGUGAUGGUAAUAUUACAGUGACCACACUUUGAGAACCAAUGAUCUAGUCCAAAUUCCAAAUGAGUACUAUAUGGACUGCCACCUAGUUAUUUAGGGACAUAGACUUAAGACCCGUGCCAUACAUUUCAGAGUACUGCCUACCACAGAGUUGUAAAAUAUCUUGAUUGGAAAUCUACAGCUGAAGAGGAUAUAUACCAUUAACAUUAAACCUGUUAAAUUAUUGGGUAUGAAUAAAAUGGGAUGAACUCUGCAGGUACAGUGAUUAUUUUUGCAUUUUGGCGAUGACUUUCAGCAUUAAUUCAGAAUUGACCAAGAUAAGAAAGUGAUUAGAAUAGGGCAUGGCCGGCCUGCAUGUUCAGAAUCAACAUUUUCUCCCCCCAAUAUUUUUUAAAGAAUAUCUUUGAUAAAAGGGAAUACUUUUUAAGUAUUUGUCUUUUCAAGAUUAAGAGGCAAGAAUUUAAACUCUUCACACUUCCUACUAAGGAUUCUAAAAAAAAAAUCUGAGUAUUUAAAUCUUCAGGUCAUGGUAAGCAUGUGUGUGUCUAUAUGUAUAUGUGUAUGUAUGUAAUAUAUACACUCAAUUUCUUAGACUUCCAGGAAUUAGGCAGUUGAGUGUCAUGUAGUUGUACAAGGACAACACAUGACAUAGAACUGCCAUUUGUCCUGUUUUUUAUGCGUCUUGAUCUUUUGAAACAGUGUUGAUCUGCUUGUAAGUUGAAUGGGACAGCUCUCCAUGUUCUUUUAUAUUAAACGGAAGUCUUCAAGGAGGUGUUUUUUCUUAGAUUAGCAAAAUAGAAAAUAUGUGGGUUUUUUUUUUUUUGUCCAGUUGACUAAUCUUGCUAUUUUUAAAACAAAUUAUCUGGCAAAACUAUGUGGGGCUAAGUUUAUCACAGGUUUGAAAAUGUGUGGUUGGUUUAUUUGUGGCAACUGCACAAAUGCAGCAAAAACAUUUGAAAUAGGAAAGAGAAAAUCACUGACGCAUUGAGAAUACAGGUGCCCAAAAAGGGCCUGAGAUUGUUUCUUCGCUGUUAACAUGGUUGCAGUGGAGCUGAAACUCAAUAGCUGAAACGCAUUCGUUCAUUGUUCAACAAGCAUUUAUUGAGCAAAUGCUGUGGUUUGAAGACUAAGCUUACACGGGAGGAAAACAGGCAAAAGAGCAACAACUUUGUGCUUUUACCACCAUAGGCUGUGAGAAUAAUAUAUGUUAACCAAUAAGAGUAUAUGGAAGAGCAGAGCUAUACAUGUCAAUUAUAGUACAAUCUGUGGGUUGGUCUGGCAAGCAAUAAAGUAGUAGAUUUGUUGAAAAUUGGGUUUUUACUUUGAAGGAUGUGUGGAU